UUUCAGAUUACGGCAUAAAGUGAUCACGAAAUACUGUCACGUGUAAAGACGCCAAUGGCAGCUUUUAGUAAGCUUGCAAAGCAAUGGCUUUGUUCUACACGAUUAACCAUUUUACCAGCAAGAUUUUCAUCCGAUCGCGUCUUUUAUAGACGUCCAUCAACUCUUUAUUUUAAUCGUUGUAAAGAUAUCGGCCAUUUCUACGUGGUCGGCCUUGGUAUUUUACCGAUGGUUUUACUUCUUGGAUUUAUCCAUGUCGUAUACGGACCUUGUGAAUUACAAGAUUUGCCAACUGAUGGAUCCGCUGUUCAUUACUGGCAAUUCGAAAGAACGAAGCUGAAACAGUGGGCUGCGAAAUAUCUGUGCCCAUCAGAUAUUGAGCAGUACGAACGUAACCUUGCAUAUUUCGAGAAAGCAAACAUCUUGAGCAGAUGGAGGAAAAUCGAACAGCGUGUGGAGCAUUUGCAGGGUGAACGUUGGGAUUACAAAGCAUGGUGGUAUGAACCAGUUUCGGCUGUUUGGACUGAUUACGGAAGAUGGACUGCAGAAAGGAUGAAACAUCAACCUUCCGAAUUUUAGGCAAAAUUGUAUUUAAUGUUCAAAGUUGGAAUUGUAGAUGUUAAACUUCCUCUUUUGUUUGAUUUGCACAUACUGCUAGAUAAAGGAUGUUUACAGUUGCCC